ACUAAUUAAAUCCCGUGUUAGUCCAGUGUUUCUGAUCCUCCCGCUGCCUCCUCCCGCGUAAAACUUGAUUAAUUCAUCAACGACUCCAAACAAAAGAGAACCUAAACCCUAAACCACCUCCUCUCCUCUCUCCUCCUCCGUCCACUUUCAGCAUGGACUCCACCACCUCCGGACCCAAGCCGAGGAAGGAGAGAAGCCACCGGGCCCAAAACAGCACCUCCAAGUCAGCCAGGGUCCAGAAGAGGAGAGAGGGAGCGCGAGGGAGAGAAGAGGAGGAGAAGAGGGAGGAGAAGGAGGAGGUGAAGAGGGCUACAGUGGUGGACAUGGACAGUGUGAGGAGAGAGGAGGAGCAGGAGAACGCUGGAGAUUUGGAGAUCACGACCGGACAAGACGACGGUCUGAAGAGGAGGAGUCUGGGGGCGCUGGAGUGGGCGCUCAUGGUUUUUGUCCUAUCUUUGGUGCUGCUGUUCCUGCCUGUGUCCAUCUGGUUCUGUGUCAGAGUGGUGCGGGAGCAUGAGCGUGCGGUCGUCUUCAGGCUCGGACAUCUCCUGAGGGGGAAACCCAGAGGACCAGGUCUCUUGUUCUUUCUGCCGUUCCUGGAUGUGUGUCAUAUCGUGGACAUCCGACUGAAGACUCUUAAGAUUCCUCUGCACACGGUGGUGACUAAAGACCUGCUUCAGUGGGAGCUCAGUGCGGUGUGUUACUACCAGGUGGAGAACACGGCCCUGUGCAGCGGCGCCCUCUACAGUCUGGACUCCACUCUGCAGACCGUGGUCCGGGGGGUGAUCCGGGACGUGCUGGCCGAGCUGACCCUGAGCCAGGCCCUGGGGCAGAGGAGGAGGCUGGGUCAGAGGGUCCAGAUCGCGGCCGAUGCUCUGGUGUGUCGCUGGGGGGUCAGACUGGAGAGAGCCGACGUAGCGGAGCUGAUUUUACCUGCGGAGCUCCAGAGACGACUCGCACCUGAGACCGAGGCCAGACCACGCCCACAGGUCAGAGCCGCGGACACGGACGCCGACCCCUGGGACGGCCUUCGCUCCUCUCUGCGACUCCUCCGCCCGGCCCUGGUCCUCCCCCUGCCCCCCGACCUCAUCAACGUGACGUCUGACCUCUCGUCUCUGCCCCCGCCGCCUCCUCCUCCUCCUGUCGCCAUGGAAACAGAGAAGCGGGAGAGCACGCCGCCCGGGACGCAGGAUUCUCCGAUGAUGUGA